AUGGGAAGAAACAUCAUAUAUUUGUGGAUUUGUGUUUUUGCUUUAGUUCAUGGGAAUCAAGAAACUUUACAACAACCUCCCAUCAGCGAUAAUCUCCCAUCAUUGAUAAAGAUGAACAAUGAUUUUGCUUUUCACCUGUACAAGAGGCUUGCAGAAAUGCCUGAUUAUCAGUCCAAGAAUAUCUUCUUCUCUCCCUUCAGUGUGUCCAUGGCCCUUUCUGAGCUGUCUUUAGGAGCUGGUGGUGAAUUCAAAAAGCAGUUUCUCAGUGGCAUCGGCCAUAACAGCUCGGUCUUCAACACUGAAGAAAUGCACCAGAUGUUCCACAGUCUCCUGGAAGAAAUCAACCAGAGGACAGGGGUGGACAUUGAUAUCGGUAGUGCUCUAUAUGUCAGCGACAAACUAAAGCCCCUUCCUGAGUUCUUGGUGAAGAUGAAGGAGUUUUACCACUCUGAUGGCGUCACUGUGGAUUUCAGUGUCAAAGAAACACUGGAUAAAAUUAAAAUGUAUGUGAAGGAAAAAAACAUGGGAAAAUCUGACACUUUGAAGUUUCUUCUCACUUACAUAUAUUUUCAAGGUAAACACACACACACACACACACACAAACACCCCCAUCAAAAUACAUUUCAUGUGGAUGCUGAGACCACAGUUCCAGUACAAAUGAUGCACCAGUACGCAUCCCUCAAAAUUUAUUAUGAUGCCGACCUCACUUCUAAAGUCCUCUGUCUAGACUACAACCACUCUUUCUCCAUGUUUCUGGCUGUCCCACAUAUUGACAUAUUUGUUGAAGCUAAGACCAUCAAAGAUCUUGAGAUGGCCAUCUCUAGACAGCACAUUGAAAAGUGGAGGACAGCUGUCAGAAAAAGAAAAGUUAAGAUCUAUGUUCCCAAGCUCUCUCUGAAAACAUCAUAUUCCCUGAAAGAUAUUUUGAAAGGACUGAGAAUGGCUGAUAUGUUUACAAAUAAAGCCAACUUCAUGGGAAUUUCAGAGGAAAUGAUCUUUAUUUCAAAGGCUUUGCAUAAGGCCACUCUGGAUAUAGAUAAGAAAGGAACCACCGCAGCAGCAGUGACAAGAGUUUCAUUCGGCCCACUGUUCUACAACCCAAUGUUGUCUUUGCAUUUUGACAGUCCAUUCAUGAUCUUUUCUUUGGAAAAGUUGUCAAUCCGGCGGAAAAACAGUAAUGUGACAUUCAAGAUCUCAUGACAACAUUAGCCAGCAGGUGGCCAUGACUUAAACAUUAUUUUUCUGACUCUACAGUUUGCAUAUGUUGAUACAGGACAGAGGUACUCAGUCUUCUAGAGGUUCACCUUCCUGCAGAGUUUAGUUCCAAUGCACAUCAAACACCUGAACAAGCUUAUCAAGGUCAUUGGAUUUACUUGAUUGCAAUGGCAGGAAAGUGGACCUGCAAGA